AUGUUCAAUGGAUUAAAAGAUGAUGGUGUUGAACGAUUAGGUGAGAUAGAGUAUGAAAAAACUUUUUCAAAAAUCGUUGGUACAAUGUAUACUGAAACAAAUAGAGGUGAAUCUCGAUGUGCUUUGAAAACUUGUCAAAAUGAUGAUCUUUGUUUUGAUUUCUCAUCAGUUGAUGCAUAUUAUUAUGUUUAUUAUUAUCCAUAUACAGAUGUUUAUUGUCAAAUACAAGAGAGAUCUUUUUCUGAACAUACAUGUGAUACUAAAACAUUAGAUAUUGUACCACUCUAUCAUGGUUUUACAUUGGAUAAGGCUCUUCCUUACAUUUGUGUAUGUUACAUAAAGAAUGUUUCAGGAGACUCGUUUAUAGCACUCAAUAAUUGUCAUAGUGAACAAUUAUUUCAUAAAGUUUGUGAUAGUAAUGAACCUUUUGGUGGCGCUUUAUUAUUUACUAAUAAAGUCUUUUAUAUUUUUCCGUCAGAUAUGUUUAAUGUGGUUGUAAAAUCAUGUGACAUAGAUCAUGUAUAG